AUGUCACCGGCUUCUGGUCUCGCUUACCGCCUGCAGAGGAGCAGCGAGUCUGCCAAAGAUGGAUGCGACCCAGAUCUCCUCGCUGGCCUAUGGCAGGAGGCCCCCUUCGCCCGUCUGCCGUCAGAUGCGCCCGAUGAGCUACGUCAAUACCUGGUUGACAUCGACGACCCGCGCCGCAUCUAUGUCAUACAUCGCGCCAGCCGCAGGCACAGAUUCCAGGAACUAGUGGGAAUGUACAUCAACCAACUGCGAUAUGGCUGCGGUGCGCCCGACUGCACAGUACCGACGUGUUUUACCUGCCGAAAGCGACUUGCCGGCAAGGCUCCGAUCAGACGUUAUAGCCAGUUGAGUGCUAGGACGUUGGCCGUCUACCUUGCUAGCCAAGACGACCCGGAAAAGGGCCUCUGUCUUGCGCCUCGCCAACUUAAAGACGCCCCCAAGACCUUGUUCAACGACCUCGCCUUUGAGAAGACGAGCCGAGACCCGAUGCUUCCCAUGGACACAAAGCGUCCCAGCAGCCGUGGAAGCUCUGGGUCUCUCAAGAGCAAACCUGGCCGAGAGACCGGGUGCGCACGAUCCCCCAGGCCCCCUUGCCCCGAAAGCAAACCGGCACGGGCACGCAUUUCAAUCAGCGGCGACGAAGACCAUAUAUCAGCCGAGCAUGACGAGACGAGCGCACCCUGCACCUACAAGAUCCAGGAGAAGCCAACCAACAAAGAUCACCGCUCUUUUGCAGCGAACCUUUUUGGUACCGUGGCGUUCAGGAUGUUUGAGUGGCUGACGCCCCAAGGGCUGGCUGCCAUUUCCAACAAGCUCCAAGUGGGUAACCAAGACAUGGAAACCCGAUUAGGGGCCUAUCCACAACUAUCGGCUUCCACUUCGACAACUCUAGUUCCGGAUUCGGGUGCUGAGCUGGAGCCUCCUUCAAAACCGCCGAGUAUCCUCAAUGGGGAUCCACCUGAGAAGCUGGCGCCUCCGGAGCCGCUCAACCCAUCGCUCAACCCAUCGCCUAGGGACCCUACCAAAUCGAGACGCGCGCCCGAAUCCAUGCUGCGCUCACCACAAUCGGCUAGUAAGCCGCGUAGAAGGGCAUCACUGGAGCCCGUCUCCCCGGCCAAAUUGGAGGAACCAAGGUCGCCGACAAAAUCCCCGAGACCAGCUAUGCUCCACCCGGACAAGCUCUCCCGACCUCUCCGAUCCGUGUCUGCCAUGUCGCGGGGGAUACCGGAGAUGCCGUCCAAACCUGCCUUCUUUGGCAACUUCUCGCCCGAUAAUUGUGUCGGACGAGAUACGGAUGAAUUGACAUCGCACGACGAGGAGCGAAGCGAGGCCCCCACUCUCCAGUCAUCGACCGAAUUCGAGGCAUCGCCAUCUGCUGAGCGCAAGGGGAGGUUUGGGCUGCCGCUAGACCUCGGGGGCAAUGCAGAAUCCGCCGAGAUAACAUGUCCGCUACCACAAUCCCUUUCCAGCAUCAACAUCGAUAUCAUCGAAUUCUUCUGCAAUGUCUUCAAUGAGGACAACACGGGAGAGCACCCGGUAGACCCUCUCCUCGAUAUCUUGGACCCGUGUCCCGAGCCGCUCGGGAGAAAGAACCUGCUCGUGGAGAAGAAGAGAAGACGCGACACCAUAUCCCGGCGGCAGUGGAAGGUAUUCAACGAGCAAACCUUGUUCCACGUUCUCAGCAGCCCUCACCUCCUGCUCUCAUCUUUCAUGUCCAAUGGUGACCUCUUUGACUCACACACCCUCUGGUACUGUAUGUUCCGCCUGAUCAGAGCGGUGCCAAGCCUAGUGUUCCAUAGCCUCUGGAUGGCCGCAGACAGCCUAUUCGUGCCGCCAAAGGGUCUGCAGAAUGCGGGUCCGGGGUCGUCGAAGCUGUUCAAGCGCAACAAGAAGGCCCUGACAGAAUUCGAGGCAGGAUGUCUCAUGUCCAUCUGCUUGCAUGCUCUGGCAGGGAGUGUACCCUCUUCCCCGGAUAAGCAUUCCCUCCGGGCAAUCUCGUGGAACCGAUCCAAGGGCCUUACAGUGACAGCAUUCCCCGAUAUUUCCGACCAACCGGCCUGGGUCCGAGAGCAGUUUGAGGACGCCUUGUCCCACGACCUGGCCAUCCGGCUGGCCCGCCGCUUAUGUUGCGCUGUGACGGCACGGCGUCAGUUUGCCCACAUGGUCGAGGUCGAGAAGCUGGCCGGAAACGAUGACGACGAUACUGACUUUGACAUACUCGACCCGCUCUUCAACCAGAUCGACCUCCUCGGGCUAGAAACGGCGCCCGUCCUUGAAUUCUCUGAGCAGUCACGGCGCCACCACCAGGGUCGGAUGCAGAUGCUGAUUCUGGAGUGGGCCAGGGCGGUCAUGUUUCAUGAGUGGCAUGGCAGACCAGACUUCUCGACAAGCGGCCCCUUUUCCGGGGCGUUGUCUGUCAUCGAGUCCAUGUACGACCAACGCGACUUCCUCCAACUCGUGGAUCGAGAUUUUCACAUGCACUACUUCUCCGAGAGGCUCGACUCGAUGGAAGUGGCGGUUUCCUGGCUCGGUUUUACGUCGACGAGCAAGAGACGACACCUGCUCGACUACCCCUAUCUGUUCACACAAGACACGCUCGUAUCGUUCUUCCGGUCCAUCAACUUCUCGAGAAUGAGCAGAGCGUUCGAGGAGUCGAGCUCCCUGAAGACGCGGAUGAGUGCCAUAGUUGACAGGGGAAGCCUCAUCACCAACACGCACCACAAGACAGUCUUGCAGGACAUGCUCAAGACGGCGUCGGAGAGAUAUAUGAUACUCGAAAUCAGCCGCAAUAAUGUCAUCCGGGACGCCUUCGACCAGCUGUGGCAGCGUCAGGAGCGCGAGCUCCUACGGCCCCUCAAGGUGCACCUGGGCGAGGACGGUGGCGAGGAAGGUUUCGAUUCGGGUGGUGUGCAGCAGGAGUUCUUCCGCAUGGCCGUUGCCGAGUUCCUCGACGCGGACUGCGGGGCGUUCACCGUCGACGACAGGACGCGCAUGGCCUGGUUCAUGCCGGGCUCGGUGGUUGAGCUCUGGAAGUAUGAGCUCUUCGGCAUCUUGGUGUCGAUCGCCGUGUUCAACGGUCUGACCCUUCCUGUGACAUUUCCCCGGGCGCUCUACCGCAAGCUUCUGGACUGGCCCGUCACAGAGCUUCACCACCUCGAAGACGGAUGGCCUGAUCUUACCAGCGGACUUACGAUGCUGCAGGAGUGGGAUGAGAAAGACGGCACCAUCGAAGACGUGUUUGCCCGCACUUAUGAGUUUUCGGUGUCGGCGUACGGAAGCCACGUCACGCGCGACAUGAACUCUGCCGACGAGAACUGGCCGCAAUUUGGAAGCGUCGGCAGCAGCGGCAGCGCCAGCGGCGGCGACCAAGGUGGUUCCGUGACGGGCGAUGACGCCGACGAUGGCACAGGAGAAGCACCACUCGUGACAAAGGACAACCGCGAUGAGUACAUAACCGACUACAUACGAUUCCUCGCCGACGUGUCGGUGCGCCCACAGUACGCCGCCUUUGAAAAGGGGUUCCGGUCCUGCCUGGAUGCCAAGUCGCUCCGACUCUUGAGCCCCAACAUCCUGCAGUCGCUGGUGGAAGGGGUGCAGGAGAUUGACGUGGCCGAGCUCCGGCGGUAUACGCGCUACGUCGGAUGGGAUGCAUCGCACCGCACCGUGCGCGACUUCUGGUCAAUCGUCAAGCGCUACGACGAGACGAUGAAGCGCAAGCUACUCGAGUUCGUCACGGCGUCGGACCGUCUCCCCGUCGGUGGCGUGCGGAACCUGCAGUUCGUGCUGCAGAAGAACGGUGCCGAGGAGGAAGAUGGUCAUCUGCCGACGGCUUACACCUGCUACGGAACGUUGCUGCUGCCCGAGUACAAGGAUAAGGAGGUGCUGAGGGAGCGACUUGCCAUGGCGUUGGAGAAUGCUCAGGGGUUUGGGUUCGCGUAG